AUGACGAAGAAUGUUGUCUUUCUUCUUUUAGUCAAUAAGCCGUGUGUGGAUGUGCAACUGCGCGUGUCUGACGACAGGUCAGGUUUCUCUCUUUCGUCCCAGCCCGUCUCCAUGUAUUCUCAAAAUCGAGCUGAAUUUAUAUGUAAUUCUCCGCUCACAUAUCAAACUCCGCUAUGCAUUACUCCACUUUGUCUCCUUUACUCCACCGUGUCUCCUUUACUCCACUAUCUCUUUUACUCCUCCGUGUCUCAUUUACUCCUCCGUGUCUCCUUUAUUCCACCGUGUCUCCUUUACUCCACCGUCUCAUUUACUCCUCCCUGUCUCCUUUACUCCACCGUGCCUCCUUUACUCCACCGUGUCUCCUUUAUUCCACUGUCUCCUUUACACCUCCGUGUCUCCUUUACUCCACCGUGUCUCCUUUACUUCACCGUCUCAUUUACUCCUCCCUGUCUCCUUUACUCCACCGUGUCUCAUUUACUCGACCGUACCUCAUUUAUUCCACCGUCUGAUUUACUCCACCGUGUCUCCUUUACUCCACCGUCUCCUUUAUUUCCUCCUUUACUCCACCGUGUCUCCUUUACUCCACCGUGUCUCCUUUAUUCCACCGUCUCCUUUACACCUCCGUGUCUCCUUUACUCCACCGUACCUCCUUUGCUUCAUCGUCUAAUUUACUCCUCCCUGUCUCCUUUACUCCACCGUACCUCCUUUAUUCCACCGUGCCUCCUUUAUUCCACCGUCUCAUUUACUCCUCCGUGUCUCCUUUACUCCAUCGUGUCUCAUUUACCCACUGUACCUCCUUUAUUCUACCGUCUCCUUUACUCCUCCGUGUUUCCGUGUCUCCUUUACUCCACCGUGUCUCCUUUAAUCAACCGUGCUCCAACAAUGCCAGACGAUAAACAUUCUAACCACUAG